GAGUUUCCUGCGUACUGAGGGAGAAAAAAACAGGCCAGUAUCCCUCACCUCUCAUUGCCCAUAUGCAUGGCGCAAAAGAGGAUGCUUAAAGUGGUUAAUCCCUUGUCAUCUGGUUAAUGCAAGCGGCAUGUCUUGCAUAUGUGGUGGCCUCCCACCAUUUCCGCCUCCUAUUCGUGUUCAGGCGAAGGAACAAGGUUUGGCCGGCCUAUUUCGCCUCCCCAAGCUAGAUGUAAGUGUGACAGCCAUGAGAAUCUGUUCAGUUUUUCCUCUGCUAUAAACGGGGAUGGCAUGAACAUUUUGGCACAAUGCCUGCCACCGCAACACAUGAAUAAAGAUGCCUUCCCCGUGUGCUGUGGUAUACAUGUAUACCCAGCCCACAGGUUCCUACUAGGACAUAAGACAACAUGCGGGUGUGGUUUUCAGGAUAUAGCGCUGGGAAAUAAAA